AUGUUCCUACCGAGCAAAGGACGUGAAAAACAUAGUCAAGUUUUUGAUUAUUUUUGUAAUUGGAGUGAUGAAGGAAUUGACAAAAUGCUUAAUAUGUUGAUGCAAGAUAUAACAUCAACUGAUGUUCAUGAAAAAUUAGGAUAUUUUUCAGUACCUGAUGAUAAUAUGGAUCAAUUUUUUGAUAAUAUUCGCCAUUCUCAAAAAAAAGAAGAUUCAUAUUCUGGUAUUGAUCCUUCCACUGCUAGACAAAUAGAAUUUUUUAAAAGGGUUGCUGUUUCAGAGUAUAUUGAUACAAAACAACUACAGAAAUUACCUAAACCUGAUGAAUUUUUUCAAUUAACAGAGGAAGAUUUUGUCAAAAGAAUUGAUGCAACAAAAGAUUCAAUAAAUAAAAUUCCUUUUCCAGAAAAAUAUAUAAAUAAUUUAAAAGAUGCCUGUUGUAAGGCUUGUGAAAAUCUUUCAAUUGACAAUGAAAAAGAAGUAGUAUUGACGAGCAAUAAAAUAGAAUUAUCUAAAAAACAACAGGAUUUAAAUGCUCAAGACACUAUAGUGCAACAUUUUGACAGACAUCAAUUACAAAGAGGAUUUAAAUACUAUAAUACACCAGGUAUUAAAAAACAAUAUCAAUUUUAUAAGAGUAAAGAAGAAAUUGACUUAGAAGCUAUUGAAUUUUUUAUAAGACUUGACUUUGAUAAAGUUAUGACACGAAUGGAAGUGUCAAAAGUUCGAGAUUCGAUUACUUCUAUAAAUUCAUGUAAUUCAAAUGGAAUUGAUAUUCAUCGAUUAAGUUUUGAUAAAUUUUAUGAAUUAGCUAAAGAUCCAAAAAGUACUGUAGAAAGUCUUAAAAAAGAAGGAAAAGUUGUAGAUGAAACAUUUUUGACUUAUCUUAAUAGUCAAUAUAUAUUGUGUAGAAAACAUGGAUAUGAUUUUUCUGUUGAUCCUUCAAAAGCAUUAACAAAAUAUUUCAGAGAUAGUGUUGUACCAGCUGUUUAUGAUAAUGUAAAUGAUUGGUUUAUUGAAACUGUUUUAUUAAUAAAAGGUAUAAUAUUAUUAAAUGAAGAAGUUGAAUUAGAACACAAAUUGUCAUGGUAUGAAUAUAUUUUUAUUGGUCAACGAAGUUAUCAAUUAGCGGCUAUUAAAUAUAAAUUACUUUAUGAUGGUAAAGACGAAGCUCCACCAUCAUUUACUGAUGCUAUUGAUGCUAUUAUUGAUAGGUAUGUUAAAGAAAAUAGUAAUGAUGAUAGUAUGGUUAAGUGUAAGCCUGUUAAAGGUGAUCCUUUAGUUCAUCAAUUUAUUAGAGAAGUAGAUCGAGAUAUAUUGAAACUUGGCGCAACAGCUAUAGCUUAUCCAUUUAAUGAAGAAAAUCUCAGAUUACGUCAAUUCCCAAAAGAAAUAUUAUUUUUGAGGAAAAUAAAAGGUUUAGAACAAUUUAGAAUUGCAAAAUUAAAAGGAAGCAAAUGUAAUAUUAGUAAACCCAAUAUCCGUAAAAAAGUAAAUCGUGAAAUGAAAAGUUCCUAUGCUUCUGUGAGAGAUUCAUUUAAUGCUUUAAGUAACAAAGAAUUUGAAGCACCACAACAUUAUUUAGAUGCAGUUGACAUGUUAGCUGAUCAAUUUAAAACAAUUUUUUCUAAAAUACACCAUAGUAGAUUACAAAUUUAUUUAGCACAUUUAGUUACUAAUCUUGAAAUGAUAUCUAUUAAAUUUGUUCUAGAAGAUAAAAGUAGUAAAUUCUAUAUACUUGAAGAAAUUCUAAGAGAUACAGAAUAUACUGAUGGAAGACUAACGAGAAAUUCAAUUGUCCAUCCAGUUUGGUUAACUGAAUUAUCUAAAAAUAUUGGUAUUUUAGAUAGAAGUGGAAAUAAAAUAAAAUUUCCUGAAUUUGAAAGAGAAGUUAAUAUUCAACGAAUAGCUUUUAAUUUAAGAGAACUUCUUAGUUCUUUUGAAAUGUAUCCUCGUGAAUUAAAUUCAUUAAGUGAUUCUGAACAUGAUGAAAGUGACACAGAAUCUGAAGAUACAGAUAUUUUUGAAGAUGAUCUACCAAGUAACUUCCAAUUAUGUGAGGAGCGUUUAAAACAACUUGGCUUAAUGAAUGAAAUAUUUUCUAAAAAAUCUCUUGAUGAAAAAUGUAAUAUAUCAGAAAAUUCAUCUGAUGAAAAUCAAAAAGAUAGUCUUAGUAAUUUAAAAAAACCAACAAUUUCUAAAGAAGUUGAAGAUGGAAUAUGUAUAUUAAAUAAUAAAAUAACAGUUACACCUGAAUCAUCAAAACAUUUUUCAGGAAGUGAAAAGGCAUCUGUUUUUGAAAGACAAUUACAAAAAGCAUGCCGAGAUGUUGAUAUAAAUUCAUUAAAAGAAUUAUUGCAAAUUUGUAAAAAAGGGAGUGAAACAAAAGAAUUAUCAAUGCAGGAUGUUUCUUGUAUUGAUAAAAUAAUGGGACAAAUUGUAAUGAAUUUUAUAAGUCAAACAGAAGAAUGUGAUUAUAUUUCUGAUGAAGUUUUAAAACAAAAAAUCGCUCACCUUGCUAAUUUAUUUGAAAAAGAUCCUAUUGAAUUGCAUAAUAUAAGUGACUUGGCAUUUGGUAAAGCAAAACAAGUAAAAGAUGACCAUGAAUUUAAAGCAAAAAUGAAAUUUAAUACUAAAAAAGGUCUUCAAUCUAAUAGUAGAGCUGCUCACAUUGAAAGUUAUAUAAGAGGUCAGCUUGGUUUUCAUGCUUCUGUUAAAUGUGAUAGGUUGUCAGUAUCUCAUGUCUCACCACCUAAAAUUUUUGAGACUUGUAAUUUAAUCAAAACAAAAAAACAGUCUUCCAAUACAUCUAGUUCUGAAGAAUUAUCUUCUUCCUCUGUACUACCAACAACUUCUAGUAUUACGGUGCAGGAUUGUAAAAUUGAUGAGAAAAAAUCAAAAAAUAUGAGUAUUCCACCUUCUUUAACAAAUUGUAAACCUUCAACAUCAAAAGAAUCAUCAUCUUCCACAUUUAUUGAUAAUAUACCGUCUAAACAUAGUGACCUAAAUUAUCUUUUACAACAAUGUGUUAAAAAUAGAAGGUUACCAAAUAAUGAAGAACGUGAAUUUUAUUGCUUACCAUCAUCCUAUAGAAUACCUCCACUUAUUAAUCAAGCUUUAGGACAGUGCCCUGAAAUAUCAAGAUAUACAUCUGCUGCAAUAUUAUUUAGUGAAAAAGUAGCAUCAAAAGAGAAGCAAAUAAUUUAUAAAAAUGAUAAAUUGUUAAUUAAUAAAUUAGAAGAAGUUUACAAACCAAAAAGUAAAGGAAUACCAGACAAAUAUCGGGAAGAAGUUGAAAGAAUUUUUGCCAUGACUGAACAGAAAAAGGUUUUUAAUCAUCUUAACUCUUUUAACUGA